GAAAGCAAACUGGGCUGCUCUCGGGCGGUGCGGUGGCCAGACGGGGUGCCUGGAUCUCCUGGGGGACCAGCACCUUUCCCUGGCUCAUCCCCCACCUCCCACCCCACCGGGGUGUCCAGCCCCAGAAGGGGAUGAGGAGUAGAAGGUUCUGAUUUUGACUGAGCGAGUGAGGAAGAGCAAGGAGAGGAAAAGGGUCAGAUGUCUUUGCCCCUCCGUCAUGCGAUAGGAAAGUAUUGUUUACGAAGCAGCCGAGUCAAACGUGCCCUCCGCUCUGCCUGGAAACGCUGAGUGAGUGAAAUUACACAAAAAACGACACCGAGAUUGGCCUCCCCGAUAAGCCCGAGGGCCGCUUUUGGGUGAGGGGAGGACAGAAACUGCGAAGAAAAGGAGGGAGACGUGUGAACUGCCUUCCCUCGCUGCGCCCGUGCCGUGCCAGCAGCACCGCGCCGUCCCACCGGGGCUGGGAUGUCCAUGAGGAGCCCCGUUUCUCCCCACCUGGAGCUGGAUGGAGCGGGCAGCAUGGUGAACUGCACCAUCAAGACGGAGGAGAAGAAGGAGGGCGGCUACGAGUCCCCACCGGGGGCUGCCCCCAGCACCGAGCCCCAUCCCAAUGACCCUCCGGGGCCACCGCCGAGGGAGGGCACCGACCCCCAGGCCCUGCCACAGGAGUCCCACUCGCCCACCGGUGACGCGCCAGAGCCCAGGAAUUCUGCCUUUGAGCCGGCCGUCGGUGGCCAGGAGAAGCUGGACUUCAACAGGAACCUGAAGGAGGUGAUGCCAACCAUCGAGAAGUUAUUGUCCAGCGACUGGAAGGAGCGGCUGCUGGGCAGAAACACCGCCGAGUCCAAGGAAGUGAAAGGAACCCAGGAGAGCCUGGCGGAGAAGGAGCUCCAGUUGCUUGUCAUGAUCAACCAGUUGUCCACGCUGCGGGACCAGCUCCUGACGGCCCACUCGGAGCAGAAGAACAUGGCCGCGAUGCUCUUCGAGAAGCAGCAGCAGCAGAUGGAGCUGGCACGGCAGCAGCAAGAGCAGAUCGCCAAGCAGCAGCAGCAGCUCAUCCAGCAGCAGCACAAAAUCAACCUCCUGCAGCAACAGAUCCAGCAGGUCAACAUGCCCUACGUCAUGAUUCCUGCCUUCACCCCCAGCCACCAGCCUCUCCCCGUCACCCCCGACUCCCAGUUAGCGCUGCCCAUCCAGCCCAUCCCCUGCAAACCAGUGGAUUACCCAGUGCAGCUGCUUCACAGCCCCCCUCCUCCCACGUUGAAGAGACCCGCCGGCUCGGGCCACCUCCAGAUGCAGGAGACCUCGCAGCCGCUGAACCUGACGGCCAAACCCAAAGGUUCCGACCUCCCCAGUGCCUCCAGCUCGCCCAGUUUGAAGAUGAGCAGCUGCCAGUCCCUCACGCCGAAUCACGGGGCCACCAGGGACCUGCAGACCAGCCCGUCCAACCUGCCUCUGGGGUUCCUGGGUGAAGGUGAUGCCAUCACCAAAGCCAUCCAGGACGCACGGCAGCUCCUGCACGGCCACAGCGGAGCCAUGGAGGGGUCCCUGAGCAACCCCUACCGCAAGGACCACGGCGGGAUUGAUUCUUCCCCAGUGAAGGAGCGGAUGGAGGAGACCCCUGCUCACCGGCUGGACGAGGCUCUGUUGACCUGUGAGAUGGACGGCUCACGGCACUUCCCCGAGUCCAGGAACAACAACCACAUCAAGCGGCCCAUGAACGCCUUCAUGGUGUGGGCGAAGGACGAGAGGAGGAAGAUUUUGCAGGCCUUCCCAGACAUGCACAACUCCAGCAUCAGCAAGAUCCUGGUGGAUUACCCAGUGCAGCUGCUUCACAGCCCCCCUCCUCCCACGUUGAAGAGACCCGCCGGCUCGGGCCACCUCCAGAUGCAGGAGACCUCGCAGCCGCUGAACCUGACGGCCAAACCCAAAGGUUCCGACCUCCCCAGUGCCUCCAGCUCGCCCAGUUUGAAGAUGAGCAGCUGCCAGUCCCUCACGCCGAAUCACGGGGCCACCAGGGACCUGCAGACCAGCCCGUCCAACCUGCCUCUGGGUGGGUUCCCAAGUGGUUCCUUGGUGAAGGCGACGCCAUCACCAAAGCCAUCCAGGACGCGCGGCAGCUCCUGCACGGCCACAGUGGAGCCAUGGAGGGGUCUGAGCAACCCCUACCGCAAGGACCACGGUGGGAUUGAUUCUUCCCCAGUGAAGGAGCGGAUGGAGGAGACCCCUGCUCACCGGCUGGACGAGGCUCUGUUGACCUGUGAGAUGGACGGCUCACGGCACUUCCCCGAGUCCAGGAACAACAACCACAUCAAGCGGCCCAUGAACGCCUUCAUGGUGUGGGCGAAGGACGAGAGGAGGAAGAUUUUGCAGGCCUUCCCAGACAUGCACAACUCCAGCAUCAGCAAGAUCCUGGGCUCCCGGUGGAAAUCCAUGACGAACCAGGAGAAGCAGCCCUACUACGAGGAGCAAGCCCGGCUGAGCCGGCAGCACCUGGAGAAAUACCCCGACUACAAGUACAAACCCCGACCCAAACGCACCUGCAUCGUGGAGGGGAAGAGGCUCCGCGUGGGCGAGUACAAGGCGCUGAUGAGGAACCGGCGGCAGGACGCCAGGCCCCAAGGCAGCCAGAUGCCCCCCGCCUCCUCGGACGUGCUGUACCAGCGGCCGGUGGGCAUGCAGCUGACGCCCCCCCUGAUGGAGCACUACCUGCCCCGCGGCAUGGACCCCAGCAUGCCCGUCAUCGUCAACACCCGCAGCCUCAAGGAAGGCGACGGCGGAGGCGGCGGCGGCGACGACGGGCACUCGGUGGCCGACGGCGAGAUGUACCGCUACAGCGAGGAGGAGGACUCGGAGGGAGAGGACAAGAGCGACGGCGAGCUGGUGGUUAAGGUCCCUUCCAACCCAAACCAUUCUAUGAUUCUAUGA